AGCCAAGCACAGCCACAGCUACGCAUCCGGUCAAGAUGCUCUUGUUGCGGCGCAUGGGGGCACGCUGUGGCUCUCGUGGGGGCUUUAUCAGCUCGACAGUAACUCCACAAGCAUCUCGAUCUUCAGGAUCCUGCUUGUUGUCGUUUUACAAUCAGAAUACUCAGCGUAAAACCUUCACGACGUCGCUGGACAAGCUGGACCUCCCACCGCUACCGACUGCCGACGAGGUGGACGCUACUAUUGCAGCUGCUGAAGCGAAAGCCCAGAGUCAACAGAUGGCCAAAAGGGUCCAACACAUGCCUAUCCGAGCUGUCCACAUUGCGCGAAAGAUGGACAUUGCUAGCCUCUUCCAGAAGCUCUACACAGACCGAUUCAAGGUCACCCACUACUUGCACAAGGACUCCAUCGUGUUGCGACUCAGUGGCAGUAAGAACAACGGCCAUGCAGGACUUGUCACGGGUGUAGCACCACCCACAGUGCAAAGCUCUAGCAGUAAUAACAAUGGCGACACUGUCCAAACGCUUAGUGUCGGACAGGGAGGCAAGACUGUCACCUCACGACGAGCGACGGAUAAAUGGGUCGUGUACUUUGACUACGGAGCAGUGGUGUUCUUUAACUGUGACCAAACACUAGUGAACACGCUCAUUAAACACGCUACACGCUUCUGUAGCGACGUAUUUGAGAUGCGAGGACACGAGGAAGAGAUGCUGCUGGUCGGCGAUCCUGCGCAACAGAAGUGGAGUACACUUGUGGAGAACAACGUAUUGGUACGAGAGAUUGACCAUAUUAACGUCCACGUGAUUGCCGGCGUGCUUUCACAGACGGUAGCGUUAGAAUUCUAUGAACGUCAGUGUGAGACCAUUUUGAGAGAGUUUGAGAAGCUGAACACGGAUGUGGAGAAGAAAGGACCCCGUGGAGCCUUAUUUGGUCGCGAAAAUGAGCAGACAAAGCGGUUGUUCAAGAUCGUGGCGUCCAACAACACACUACUCAUCGACUUGGUGAGUAAACUGCGUGUUAUCGACCGGAAGAGACCUGGCGAUCCGGCUUGGAGCCAAACAAGAUACCACAACAUGUGGGAGUCGCUGCUGGAAGAAUUUGAGCUCAACGAGCGCUUCCAGAACCUCAAUUUCAAGCUGGAAUUGAUCCAGCACAACACCAAGUUCUUCUUGGAGGUACUGGACUCCCACAAAGGUGAGCGACUCGAGUGGUACAUUAUCAUUCUCAUUUCCGUGGAACUGGGUAUUGGUGUCUACGAACUACUCAUGAAGCUAGCUUAGAUAACCCGGCUAGAGAGAGGAGGCAAUCUUUUAAGACUCAGAGAAACGCUUGUUCCAUUAGACAACACGCAGUCUGUCCAGUGUGCGUUGUGUUGCUCUAUCUCUUGGCCCAUUGUGCGUGUUCGUGGGGAGCCUUACGGUCCGUGAACUGUGACGCCGGUUGACGUCCUCCACUGUUCACAUGCUGCC